CUGUAACUCGGUGUGCGCAUGCUUGCUCAAGCCUUGAACGUCUCAUUUGUUUUGAAAAUAUGGCGGCGGAGCAUUUGCUAGGAACUGAGCAGUUGACUAUAACUGAGCAAUGGAUACGAGAGAAGGUUCGACUUCAACAUACUUGCUUGGUGGACGUCAAAUCCCUGUCUCUCCCUGGAUCAUAUGAGGGGAAAAUACGUCACCUAGGGAACUCUCUGAAGAACUUUGUCCGCCUGAAAGUCUUGGACCUUUCUCACAAUGCUCUGUUCUCUGUAGAGGGUCUCCUGCACCUGAAUAUGCUGGAGCAUCUGAACCUUUACUACAACAAAAUAGCUUCCCUUAGGGAAGUCCUACUGCUGCGUAAGCUGAAGGCACUGAAAGAGCUGGACCUCCGGCUUAAUCCCGUGGUGAAGAACUGUGUUGACUACCGUCUCCAUCUUGUGUAUACGCUGGCUAAUCUGCGCAUGCUUGAUGACUGCCCCGUCCGAGAUGGUGAGAGGAAGGCAUCCCUACAGCAGUUUUCCGGUCAGACAGUGGUUGAAUGUCAACAGGUGGCCUGUUCGGUUUCAGACACGGCAAAUCAGAGGAGCAGUCAGCCCAGGAUGACCUCAGUGAACCGGCUGACCUGGAAGCCCUCUGUCCUUGACCACUCUGAUGAUGAAAUCUUAAACAUGGUUGCAAAGAGCAACUGGGAUUUGAGCAAACCGCCAGCCCUCACUGGCUCCACCAAUAAGCAGCCAGAAUCAAAACUGUAUCCCUUACAGGAUAACCUUGAGAAAGGUGAAUACAGGUCUGAAGGUGCACCGUCUCCAAUGCAGGAUAUGAAUAAAUCCAUCCUCAGGCAUCCUGAAAACAUCAGAGACAAGCAUCAGCCACAGUCCAGUGUCCAGCCUCCAAAGGGUGUGGCCUUAAAUAAGGGCAAUGGCUCAGUGAGAGUCAGCGAGGGCCUUAGGGUCACAUUCGUCGAUGCCAAGAAGAUCAGACCCCGCCCUGGGUCUGAGAUUGAGAGGCUCGGCAGAUUCCCUGCCAGGGGGAACUUCACCCCAAACCCAGGCGGCCCUCGUUCCCCACCUGCUCCCCAUGGUUCCACUUUAACAAGCCAUCCUCCCAGCCCUGGCACCACUGCCCGCAGUAUCCAGGAUGCCCUGCCCCUUCCCUCUUCUACAAGACUGUCCCCGCACAGCCCCCUCACUGAAAGGGCUGUCCCACUGACUGAGAACUCCUCCAAGAAGGAAUUGAUGAGAAAGCCCCCAUCAAAUGACCAGAAUUCUGGCCCCAGGGAAUCCUACAGAAGACCGCUAGAGUUGUUGCUUGGCCUAGUAGACAGGCACUGGGAUGGCAAGAGAUCUCUCCAACACAACCAUAAAUUUCUCUCACAGGCCAUUGAGAUACUCUCCACAAUGAAGCAAGAUGACUCAAAUGGAGAAGUAGAGGCAAACAGCCAGAGAGUGAACAAGGAGCUCAUGAAAUCUGAAAGAAAUAGGCUACAGAAGGAACACCGAGCAGAGAUUGAAAGACUGUCUGAACAGCUGAAAAACGCUCACUGCUCUAUAGAGGAUCUGGACCAGCAGCUGAGAUGUGCUCUGGAAGAGAACGUUUCCCUGCAGAAGCAGCUGAUCCGAGUGGAGCAGAGACUACUGGCCAGUGGGAGAAACGGCACGCAGGACCCUGAGCUCACUGGGAGGCAGGCCGCCGCUGAGGAGCUGAAGGGGGAGGUGGAGCAGAUGCAGGAGGAGGUGGAGCAGCUGAGGGCGCGGGUGAAGCAGGCGGAGAAGGUGCAGGGGCUGGCUGACAUGCUGCAGGAGAGCCACAGAUCACUGGUGUCCACUAACGAGCGUCUGCUAGCGGAGCUGGAGGAGUGCCGGGCUCGUCACAGGGUGGAGGUGGAGGAGAACCAGGCCCGGCACAAGGCCGAGGUGGAGAAGCUUCACUUCAGCUUCAGUGAGCUGAGCAGGACCCUCAGCCUGAUGUCAGACAUUAACAAGACAAGACCAGAGGACAGCUGAAGAACUCAGGCUUGUUAUUUUUUUAUGUAGUUUUACUUAGUUAUUUAAACUGAGCUUAAGUGACAGGAAAGUGAAGAUUCAUGAAUCCAAAAAUGGGUAGAUCCAUCACAUGCAAUCGAUUACUGAAAUUAAUCAAUUGACCAAUCAAAACCCUCAACAAAUAAAAACCCUGUUACUUGUGAAAAGCACUGUGAAUGGUUCACAUAAGCUAGUCGCUGUAGUUUAAACACAUGACCAUCAAUGAGUUUGCCGAUCAUGAAGCUUCGCUUUCCUAUCGCUUGGUGUCCAUGCGUAUAUUUAUUUGUUCUUGGGUGUACAACAUCUGUUUUAAUAUUUAAAACUUUAUAUUGUGUACUUGCAUAAAUUGAUAUACAUUGUUUAAAUUUUAUUUAUUAUUGUAGGCAUGGCAGAUAUGCAUUAACAAAUAUGCAGACUGUUUUGAGUGUUAGAAGUAAGCUGAAACAAUUCUCCCAUUCAGAAAGACUAGUGUCUGUUUUAACUGCAAACCCUCAGUGUCUUCUCCGGUUUGAGAAGUUGUAUUGCAUCCGGUCCCGAGGGUGAGUGUGACCUUUAGCCAGUGUUAUUGUGGCUAUUCAUAACAGAAGCACACCAUCUUGUGUUGUGGACUGCUUGUGUGUGCUACAGUAAGUACAGCUGUCCUGUAAGACAAAUCAUGUUAACCCUGUUUGAGAUACUGGGUUUAUGUAGCUUUAACUUAAUAAAUUGUUACACGAAU